CUGUGUCUCAAAGAUGAAGUUCCAAUUCAUGGAGCUUCUGUUUGGGAAGAACAGUCCAAAGCAAAUGAUCCCAAAAGUAACAUUACUCGCAGUUUUAGCCAUUCUUCUAUUCACAAUCUCUCCUUUAUCAAACCCUCUCUUCCGAUAUCACCAUUCUUCUUCUUCAUCUUCAUCUUCUCCUUCAUCUUCUGCAUUUGAUGAUCUGAACGAGUCGACGAGUCUGCCGUCGACCUCCAUAACCAUGUGCGAUCUCUUCACCGGCGAGUGGGUUCCGAACCCUAAGGCUCCAUAUUACAAGAACACCACGUGCUGGGCCAUCCAUGAACACCAGAACUGUAUGAAGUACGGAAGACCAGACUCUGAGUUCCAGAAAUGGAGAUGGAAACCCAAUGGCUGUGACCUUCCCAUCUUCAAUCCCUUUCAGUUUCUGGAGAUUGUGAGAGGCAAAACUAUGGCUUUCGUUGGAGAUUCCAUUGGAAGGAACCAGAUGCAGUCCAUGAUUUGCCUACUUUCAAGGGCAGAAUGGCCAAUAGAUGUAUCAUUGACCCAAGACGACUAUUUCAAGCGUUGGAGGUACCCUAGCUACAACUUCACCAUGGCCACCUUCUGGACGCCGCAUCUAGUCAGAUCCAAAGAGGCCGACGCCGGCGGUCCGACGAACUCCGGCAUCUACAACCUCUACCUCGACGAGCCGGAUGAAAGGUGGGCCGCAGAAAUCGCCAGCUUCGACUACAUCAUCCUCAACGGCGGCCACUGGUUCAUGAGGUCCAUGGUCUUCUACGAGAAACAAACCGUCGUGGGCUGCCAUUACUGCCUCCUCCCCAACGUCCCCGACCUAACCAUGUACUACGGUUACCGGAAAGCCUUCCGAACCGCCUUCCGAACGAUCAUAAACACAGAAAACUUCAAAGGCAUUACGUUUCUGAGAACUUUUGCGCCAUCACACUUUGAAAAUGGACUGUGGAACGAAGGUGGAAAUUGUGUGAGGACGAAGCCAUUUAAGAGCAAUGAGGUACAGUUGGAGGGAAUGAACUCGGAGUUUUAUAUGAUACAAAUGGAGGAGUUUAAGAGCGCCAUGAAAGAAGCGAGGAAGAAAGGUUUGAAAUUUAGGGUUUUUGAUACGACACAGGCGAUGUUGAUGAGACCUGAUGGGCAUCCAAGUAGGUAUGGACAUAGAGCUAAUGAGAAUGUGACUUUGUACAAUGAUUGCGUUCAUUGGUGCUUGCCUGGGCCCAUUGACACGUGGAGUGAUAUCCUGCUUGAGAUGUUGAAGAUGGAGGGUGUUAGAUCUGCUCGAGAGAGGCUUCAUCCUAACACAAAUUGAGCUUGUCACAUAAAUUAUUAUUUAUAGAUUUUUAAAGAUAAGGUGAGCUAAAUUUUAAUGGAAACGGUUAGUUUCAUCACAAGGUGGUAAAUCAGGAUUCGAAUUGUUAUUGAAAGAUGUAGCCAUAUGUCUGAUAGUGUUUUGAGCAGAAUUGCUUUCAGUAGAUUAAAAAAUGAUCAAGUAAAGAAGUUGAUUUUUAGGGUUAUUUAUUGUUAUUUAUUUGUCUUAAUGAAAAUGUAACAUGUGAAUGGUUACCAUCUUAUUAAAGACAAACUUUUUUUAAA